ACUGUUGAAGAAAUGAUGCCCCACGUCCAACACAUGAAAGGAGGUCACAGUAAAAAUCUUUUCCUUAAAGACAAAAAGAAGAAGGGGUUCUGGCUGGUGACUGUUCUGCACAACAGGCAAAUCAAUUUAAAUGAUCUUGCUAAAAAACUGGGUGUUGGAAGUGGAAACCUAAGAUUUGCUGAUGAAAAUGCCAUGCUGGAAAAACUGAAAGUGGGCCAGGGCUGUGCAACACCACUAGCCCUCUUCUGUGACCAAGGCGAUGUGAGGUUUGUGCUGGAUGCCAGCUUUCUGGAAGAUGGCCAUGAGAAAGUGUAUUUUCAUCCCAUGACAAAUUCUGCAACCAUGGGCUUAAGCCCUGACGACUUUUUGAAGUUUGUGAGAUCAACAGGCCAUGAUCCCAUCAUCAUGCAUUUUGAUGAAGACAUUAACUAG